AUUUUCUGUCUCCCAAGUUUCAAUUUUGACAAGAAGGAGAAAAAGAGCCUGCAAAGAUUAAAGCGAUUUAUCCAUUAUAUAUUAUUACAGAGGAUUUGGGCAUGUAAAUGGACCGAGUAAUUUCAGCUUAACAGAAGCAUAGCAUUGAGUUUGGAACCUCCUUCAAAAUUGGAAAUUAUAGUUAGGUUUGAGAAACAGAGAUGAAGGCAAGGGCGUGAAGAUCUUACAUCAAACAGGCUUGCAAAUCAGGUAGAAGUCGUAUCUAUCGCUAAAUAAAAUAAAAGGGAAAAAAUGGUGAGGGAAGUGUCGGAGAGCUGUUUGGAGAGCAUCAUGAUGGAGAUGGUGUCUGCAUACUGUGGGAGGUUCUAUGGCAAUAAGCAGGAGCUUGCUGCCAGGCGGAUCGAAGCCAUUGGCUUUCAAGUUGGCCUCCAGCUUGCUGAGAGAUAUACAAAGGAACGGCCUAGAUUUGCUGAUCAUCUGGAGGCAAUCAAGUUCAUUUGCAAGGAUUUUUGGUCAGAGCUAUUCAAAAAACAAAUUGACAACUUGAAGACAAACCAUCGAGGCACAUUUGUAUUGCAAGAUAGCCGUUUUCGAUGGCUCACACACAUAUCUCUUGAUACUCCAUCACCACUUACAGAUGGCUCCCAAACAGAAGCAUCUGCAACAUCAAACGACGCGAGAGCUGCACAAGCUGCGGGCAUGUAUCUUUAUUUUCCUUGUGGAAUAAUACGUGGAGCAUUAACAAAUUUAGGAGUUCCUUGUGCAGUUUCUGCAGAGGUGGCAAGUCUUCCUGCAUGCUCCUUUAUUGUUCGUAUCAAAGCUUGAAACAUUGAGGUGUACAAGUACUACAAUAUUUCCCUGAAGUAAUUGGAGGAUACAGUUAUUUUUCCCUGUUAUAGAUGAAGAGCAUUGUGUAGAAACAUUUUUAAGGUUUUGUAAUGACGUAUAUGGUUGAUGGAAGAGUAGCUUUCAAAUAAUAAAUUUUAUUAAAGUGGAAUGGUGGCAUUGAUUGAUCUAGUCAAAUAAUUUGAUCAUUAUAAAAGAUUGCAUUUGAGGCUGCUCACAUCCUA